GGCGCCCGCCCGCCUGCCGCACCGGCCGAAUCAUCCGACGGCCCUUAAGCUGAGGCGGUGUGGCCUAAGUUGCAGCGCGGCGGUCGCCCCGAGUCGUCCACUUCGGCCCCGACAGGCUGUCCACGGUGGCGCGAACUGCCCCUCGCCGGUUCGGCCCCGCCCGCCCGUAGCAGCUCACCAGAGAACUAGCCUCUCGUCGGCCUUCCCCAGGUCUGCGCGUGGCGCGGCGCCGCAGCAAAGCUCCACGCGUGCGUGUCCGCCACCCGCCGUCCCGCCCGGGCCGCCGUCGUUGCUCGUCGGUGAACGACGUCUCGCUGGGUAUCAGCGCGUUCUUCGAGCGGCAGCAACGACAAACGGGAGAAGGAAGAGAACUCGUGGAGAAGGCGAAGCGGGACGAUGCAGCCCAAGAUCAGCGCGUUCUUCGAGCGGCAGGAGACGGACCCAGAUCCGAUUAGUGGCGACGGUGAGGGGAACGGGCAGGGAAACGUCGGCGCGGCGACGGAGGCGAAGCGGAAGGCCAAUGGCUGCAGGCUCGAUGGGCUCGUCAGCAAGAAGAGGAACUACGCGCAGCUCCAUCUGGAACUAGGGCAGCCUGAUUUCGUCCUCCACACGUGCUCCGUGUGCGGCAUGAUGUACGCCCGAGGGAACGACGAAGACGAGAAGGUUCACAGGGCGUACCACAAGAGCUACUCCGAGGGAGUCCCUUUCAAGGGUUGGAAAAAAGAGACAGUGAUAGCGAGGUCCGAGGGCGGUGAUCGGGUUGUUCUUGCAACUGACGAGAACUCUUGUAUGUCGAAAAGUAAGGUCAGAGAGGUGAUCACAGUGGUGGAGAAGGAGCUGGGAUUUGGUGAAGGGAAACUCCUGCAUAAGCUUUGCAAGGUGUAUCUAUACAUAUCUGCACAAAGGAUCGUGGGGUGCCUUGUCACUGAACCGAUAAAAACAGGACAUAGAGUUAUCCCAAGCUCCACGGAAGGAAGCCCUAAUGAUUUGCCAGUUAGUAGUACUGAGCGAGGAAAAAAUGGUCAUACAUUAGAGUUCGGCAGUAUUAGUUUCAAGAGGGAAAUCAUAAGGCGGCACAGUCGUUCGGUCAAGAACAAAGAAGAGUGCCAGGACCCUGGUGCCAUACUUUGCGAAACGGAAGCUGUUCCUGCGCUUUGUGGAUUUCGAGCCAUCUGGGUGGCACCAUCGUGCAGAAGAAAACGAAUUGCCUCAAAACUAAUGGACGUUGCAAGGAAAACCUUCUGCGAAGGCAGGACUUUGGGGAUUUCACAGUUUGCUUUCUCUCCCCCGACCUCCUCUGGCAAGGGGCUAGCAUGCCGUUACUGCAAGACCAGUGCAUUCUUAGUCUACAAAGACGGACCGGUGUAACACUUGUACUCUAAGAAAGCCCUCUCUGAAACUUUUCUUCCUCUUGUAAAAUACGCUUAUCUUGUUGGAGCAUUUGACAAAAAAAUGUAAACAAUUAGAUCAAUAUGUAUUCAGGUAGACCAGAAAUUAGCGAUGCUUUGUAACAAUGUAGCUUUUUCUUUUGAGUGGUGACAAUAGCUUUCUUGUGAUCUUCAUAAAUAACUUUUCAUGGUCUCACAUGCUCCGUUGCAGCAAUGCUGCUGCAGCUGCACCAAGCAUGGAACUAGGAGAGUGCAUCUACAAGAUGGAUGUUUUGAGCAAGAAAAUGACAGACUGUAGCAGCAGAGUGACAAUACAUCAAUGAAUGAAUCAUGUAUCACUGAUGGCUGAUACGUGCUGUUUCUGAGGAUAAGAAAAGGAAUUCUUAGAAUUUUUAUUACAAGGACCUAGCAGUCUUGUAGAAUACAGGAAUACACUCAGGAAUCAUUCUAGCUCAGGAAUUGUUCUAGCUGAUUAAAACUUGUAUAAAUCAGAUAAGCAAUUCGGCCAGGAAUUGUUUCGGUCGAUGGCCCCUUAAUGUCU